AUGAACAAAAUUAUUGUUUAGAUGAAAAGCUAUUAUAUUCAAGAAUUUUUGAACGUUAAAGAAACAUGGAGGAAAUCGUUUAAAAUAGCUGUUGUGAUUUUAUUGAUUGAGAAUAUCCAAAUGUUAUCUAUUUAUACUGAAAAAUUAAAUGACUUUGAGUAUGAUUAAUUUUUAAAUCAUAUCAGAAAUUUUAUAGAUUAUUUUAGGUCCAAGUUUUUGUAUAUAUAUUAGAUUUUACACAUUGUUUGGAAAUUCAAUCAACAUAAGAAUAAUAUUCAUAAUAGCAGGACUUUUAUUGUAAAGCUUAGUCAUUUUAUUGCUGGUUAGCUAGAUUUUUAAAAUGAAAGUGUAAUUGAUAAAAAAUUAAGACCUCUAAUUUUUGGCAAUAGAAAAAGUAAACUUAAAACUAAAUUAGAAUCACGAAACAAAAGUAGAAAAAAAUUAACUUAUAAAUUUGAUUUUGUCACUUUUUUUUUAGAUUCAUCAUGGAAUUUUGUAAAUCCCAUAACUCUUUUGCGGCUUCAGUUUAAUUACUGAUUUAUUCAAUUUUUGUAUUAAUAAAAAAUAUUCAGAAAGUAUAAACUACUUUGAAUGGGCUGGUGUAAUAUUGGGAAUUAUGACCAUUGUUUAAUAAAUCAUUAUAGGAUCAUUAAUAAAUUUACAUUAGUUUGAUCAUCGAAUGAAAAAUUUUGAUUAUUUAGGAAAAUUUUAAUAGUAAAAGAUCCAUCUUAUUUAUGCAUUUUAAUUAUUGUAUAUAUUUAUGAUGAAUAGAAAAUUAGAGUGAUAAUUUCAUCAGGUAUUCAAGCAUCAGUUUUAAUUGUUUAAUUAUUAGGAGUAAUUAAAUCAGUAAUACAAAUUAUAUGCGAUUAUAAUUAAGAAGUUUUUAUAGAUUAUCGAAUUUCGAGACUGAAUCUAAGAAUUGUAGUGCUUUGUACAAUUUAUUAAAUUUUAUUGAUGAUAUGUUAAUUUGGUUAGCCAACUUUGAAAAUUAGUAUAGUAUUAUUAAUCUUGUUAUUUUAUCCACCAUUAAUAUUUUUGACUAAUGAAAUUCUAAUUAGAUAGGAUAUAAAAAAUACUAAUUAUUAGACUAGAAAUUUGGAAAAAUAUAUUAGAAGAUUAUAUAUAAUGUUUAAACAAUAAGUAGAUUUGAAAAAGCAAUAAAGAUUACUUGACCCUCAAUAGUCACUUGAAAUUUAUACAUUUAUAUCAAGUCAUUUGAGAGAGUGUAAAAUAUAAAGAGAAAGGAAAAUGAUGAAGAAUAUUAAAUUAAAAUAUAAAUGCUUUUGUUAAGACUUUUUUACAGAUCAGGAUUCCUUUUAAAGUCUUGAGUCCAUGAAGUAAUUUGCUAAAGGAUUAAUUGGAUAAACAUUUGAAGAUGAGAUAAUUGAAAAAGCAAAUACAAAUUUAAUUUUAAUUUACAUAUACUUUUUGGUUUAAAUUAAAAAAGUUCCAACCCAAGCAAUAUAUGAAGUUAUUAGAUUAUCUAUGAUUGAAAAAGUAUAUUUAUGAUUAAAAAUUCAUAAGGAUUAACCUCUAAAGAAUUAAGCCAUUGUAAACAAAUUAAAACAUGAUGCACUUUAAAAAUUUAGUGAUAUAGUUAAAAAAAAUGAUUUAGUAAAUUAAAGGUUUGUGUUUAAAAAAGUUUAUCAAUAUGAAGAAUCAUUGAGCGUAUUGAAAACAAAUUUAUGUAUUGUAGUAAAAUAAGAAAAGGUAUAUGAUUUAAUUAUAGAAGGAUUUUUAUGGUUGUAUUUUGACAUAGAUUAUUGAUAUUGACAUGCUUUUAAAUGUUGGUUUUAAAUUAAUAUAAAAUAUUAGAAUGCUUGAAAAUCAAUUUUAACUAUUAUUUAAAACAAAUCCAUAAAAUAAUGAAUGUGAUACAAUUUUUAACAUUUUUCAUAAAUAUGUUAAUUAUAAUAAAAUUAGGCCAAAAUUAUAUAGAAAAGAAGGACAAAUAAUGAUGUAAUUUUUACAAUCAGCAGAGAAGAUAAUAUACGAUCCUGGUAGUUGUGUGAUAUAAAUAACUUUAUUAUAACCAAGAGGAAAUGUUAUAAGAUAUACUAGAUCAUUUUAAAGAGCUAUAGGGUAUAAAGAUGAAGAGAUUUAAGAUUAGAAUAUAAAUAGAUUUAUGCCUUAAAUAAUAGCAAAUGAUCAUGAUUUAUAUUUAGAUAAUUUUGUUGAGAGAGGAAGGAUAAAUGUUGUUAGAAGUGCUGUAAGAGUAAUUUUAGGAAAAACUAAAUCCUAAUUUGUAGUUCCAAUAAAUACUAGAUUAAGAAUAGAAGCAAGUCCAAUUGAAUUUGGUGCUACUGCAUUAAUUACACCAGUAAAUUUAACAUAUGGUUAUAUGAUGUUAAAUGAAUCAGGUUAGAUUGAAGAAUUAACAUAAAAUUUAUAUGAGGAUGUUUUUGAAAAACAUCUAGGAUUAGAACUUGAUCAUGUAAAAGGAUUAGAUUGUUUAUUUUUUAUUCCUGAAUUAGGAAAAAUAUGGGAUAACUUAUUUGAUGAUCAUUUUGAAAAAUUAGAUAAAAAAUUUGAUUGUUAAUUAAUACUUCCAUUAAUAACUAAAUAGAUGUCUAGAAGUUUAAUUCGUUCUAGAUCUAAUAUAUUUUCUAAAACUAAUAUACAAACAAAUAUUGCUAAAUAAUUUGAAAAUUUACCUCAUGAAAAUGUUGUUUAUUAAAUUUCUAUUCAUUUAAUGAGUUUAAUUACUAUUAAUCUAAAGUAAUAAAUAUAUUUUUAUAAUAAUUAGAUUAGUUAUAGUAGAAAUACCUGAAUAUAAAUAAUUGAUGAAUCAAAAAAUUACUAGUAGAUAACUACUUUAAUUAAGAAAUAGAUCAUCAUAAUUAAUAAAUAUUUCUUCAUCAAAAGAUCUUCCAACCUAAAAAGUAGAUCUUGCUUUAUCUUCUUUAAAUUCUCCUCCUGGAGGAAUUACUUAUGAAUGUGAUUUAGAAUAUGAAAAUUUAAUUGAAGAUAUAAAAAUGAUUGAAGAAUUGAAAAAUUAAUUGGCUACUAUUAACAUGAAUAAUACAGCUCAAAAUAAUUAAAAUGAUCCUUUUUUACUUUAAAAUAGUGAUAAUUAAUUAGAAGGUAGAAUCAUUGAAUUUAGAAAUGAUCCUUCAGAAUAAAGUAAUGAAUUUAGUGAAGCAGAUUCUGAUUUUAAAGAAAAUGCAUAAGAUUAAAAUAUACAAUAUAAUAAUGGGUCUGUAGGUAGUCGAUCUUCAUAAAAUAAUACUACAGCUCUAAAAAGGUAAAUUAAAGAUUGUUUAUCUGAUUCAAAAGGAUUAGGUAUUCGAACUAAACUCUUUUUAGCUUUAAUUUAUUUCUUAAUUACUUCUGGAUUUUUAAUUAAUUAUUUGAUUUUGUAUUUUAAUUUUUAGAAAAUUCAUGAAAACUAAAAAUAUGAAAAUUUACCCUUUGAAUUUUCCUAUUAUUAUAAUGAAUUCAUAAUUGGAUAAUCAUAUUUAGAUUAUGAUUAAUUUAAUUUUACAUAACUAAGUUAAAUAUCAUUUCAAUAUUUUAUGAUAAAUAUUAAAAAUAUAGAUAAAACUAUUUCUUUAUUACCUCAUGUAAAUAUUAUUAAUAAUCUAACAAUGGAAACCAGAAUUUUAAAUAUAAUGUCAUAGUUAACCAAAGUUUUAAAUAUGAAUCAUUCAAUCAAUCAAAAUGAAUUCUAUAAUAAUACUGAUUCAUUUAAUCUUUAAAUAGGUGAAAUUGAAAAUGCAAAUUCAACAAAGUAAUUACUCAGUCUAUCAAUUUUGUAAAAUAUUUCAUUUCUAAUAUUAGUGUAACUGUUGAGGAAAUAAUCUUAUUCAUUUUACUUGGACAAUACAUUUAUUUUUGUGUUCAAAUAAUAAAAAUGAAAUAAAAAAUUUAUAAAUUAUUUUGUACUUUUUCUAAAGAAGUAAUCUAAGAACAAUUUGUUUAAUUCAGCUCUCUUUAUACUUAAUUAAAUAAUACGAGAUUUAGAAAUCAUGAAACAGAUGAAGAAUAAUUUGAAACUACUAUGAUGCGUUAAUAUUAAAAAACUGUGAGUUCUAAUAUGCUUGACAAACACAAUAGAGUUGGAAAAUAAAUUUCAUAAAAAUGUAUACUAUUUUAUAAUAUAUUUUAGAAACAAACACAGCUUAAAUUUUUUUCUUUUUAUUCAUAUUUAUGUACGCCUUUAUAUGUUCUUGUUAUUUUAUUGGAAGUUUUAUAUUAUAAUAGGUUACAUAACAAAAUGUAUCUUCAAGAUAUUAAGAAAAAACAUCUUUUUCCAUAACCUUCAAUUCUUUGGCAUCUACUUUUGCUUAAUAAACCAUUCUCUUAAAUACUACAAUAACAUCUGAUAUGACUGAUUACUACAAUGUUGCUGUUCAAUAAUUAGGGUUAUUAACUACCAAUCUCACUUUAUACUAAGAAGAUCAAAAUUAUUAAGUUUAUCAAAUUUUAGUUUAAAAUUUGUGCAGUUUGUUUUUAAGUGAAUUGUAAAUAUUAAAUCUAAAAUUUAGAUCCUAUAGCUAUUAAGAAUAUUAAGAUCUUUUCACUCUUUAGUAAUGUUAAUCUAUGUAGAUUCUUGAUUAAGGGUUAAGUUCAGUAGUUUAACAUUUAUUUUCGAAUUAAUUUGAUUUUUUUUAAGUAACUUCUACAAGUAGUCACAAUACUAUAAUAAAAGAAUAAUAUUAAGAUCCUACUAUUUAAUUAUUAAGAUUAUAUGCAUAAUAUGGAUUUUAAGUAAUUAUUGAACUACUAACAAAUUAAAUUAUAUCCAUGAUAGAUUCGACAUUUUUAGUAAAUACUAUAAUGUUUAUUUUUGCUUGUGUAAUUAUGAGUGUUUCAUUGAUUGCCACAAAAAUUACAAUUGAAAAAGUUAAAUAAUAAUAUUAAUAAAGCAAACAACUAUUAACAUUAUUUCCAUUUGACAGAUUAAUGGAGAAUGCUUAUGUAAUUAGUUUUAUUACACAUGAUUUACGUUUUUCAGUUUGA